AUGUCCUUUAUCCUUGAAUGUCUUGUUAAUAGUAGAGAUAUUUUAUGGCAUUAUCAUAAGCCUAUAGAUGAUGUUAUAAGAGAUUUAAAAGGUUCAAUAGGUAAGGGCCAUGAUGUUCAGGGAUUUGGCGAUGCCAUUGGGAUUGUGCAGCAGGGGCUGCAGGGGUAUGAGGGGGGGAUGGAUGGAAGAAUCGAACGCUUUGAAAGCCCAUUAAAAACACUACCGGAUUCAUUUCAAGAGUUAAGACGUUAUUUAAAUGAUGUGAAGCAUAAAAAUCUUUCCGUGCAACUGAGUCAUGUGGCUGAACAGGCCUCCUCGUAUUAUUCUAAGUCUAAGGUGUCUGAAAAGGUUUUGGAAACGAUUGACACAGAUUUACGAGGUAAGUUAGAUAAACAUGUUUCAUUGGUUGUGCAGGCGGCGGAGACAUUCAAGGGAGUCAAUGGAGAUGAGCAACUGAAAGAGCAGGCGAAGCAGGUGGACGCUGAGUUGGAGGAGCGUAAAGCCGAAAUCAUUAGUGCUAUUGAACAGCAAUCAAAAAGUGUUCAAGGCACUGUAGCAAGGGAGAUUAAUAAAAUAAAAGUCGGUGUGAAGAUUUUUAAAAUGACGACUUUGAAGACUCAGAUUGAGCGAGUUAGGACCGCGGUGGAGCGGGCCUCUGAGGCGGUAGAAGACGUUGUCAUGGAAACGUUUGAUGAAAAGUAUAUUUCUAAGAUCAGCGACAGAUAUAAUAAGUGUAAAGAAGAGGUUGUAAAGUUCACGAAUCCCAAUGGUUUGCUAUUGAAAUGCUCUGAAAGUGUUCAGCAAGAAGUUGCGGGGUUGGAAAACAUUAUAAUGUAUGACCUGCAACAGUUGUAUAGAAAUAUCAAAGUCCAAUUUGACGCAUAUAUUCGCGAGGUAUAUUCUGCUCUGAAUGCGGCUGGCGAAGGCAGAAGUCUCUUGUUCGUCGCAGGUAGUAUGAGGGAAAAUAGUAACUUGGCGCGUUGGAUUAAGGGCUACGUCACAACCGUGACCGGUGUGACCGUCAGUGAACCAGAUAAAUUUAAAAAGGCUUUGGAACAGCUUGGAGUUGUCGUCACCGUCAAUGAUAAAAAUACCACAGCGUUCGACGCGUUUUCCGAUGACGUUCUCAAGUAUAUAGGGGCUACAUUUCUAGGAGCUCAUGAAAAGGUAGGGAGAGUUGAAGCUCUCAUGAGACAAUACGCCGCUACAAAGGAUACACUUACAAAAGCUAUUAUAAAAAUAAAACACCAAAUUACUUUGCUUCAAAACGUACCGAACAGCGUUAUCGACGGGCACAAUGCCGAAGCACGAUGUAUAAUGGAAACAUUGAAACAUGACAUAGAAUCCCUGCAGGCGCAAAUUCUUGACGUCGGCAAUAUUCUUCAAGAAGCACACAGUACUCUAAUCACAUCUGUCGACUGCCUUAUCGAAGCGGUAGACAAAUCCCAUAUAGUGAUACAUGAUGAAACGGAAAAUGUAAAAAAAUCUCUCCUCGCCGCCGUUAAAUCCUCUUUCGAUAACGUCAAGAAUUCCGUCCACUCCCUCUUCGCGAAGCAGAAGCAGGCCGAGCUGGCGACGCUGGAGAAAAUUGUCGCGGAGCAGUUGGCAACGAUUGAAAGAAUUAUUAAUGAUGACAAGGCGAGGGGGGUGAAGGGUUUCUUGGGGGAAUUACAACUUAUUAUGAAAGAAAAGUUUUUGGAUACACAUCUGAGCAAAGACAUGACAUUACAUCAGGUGGCCGGCAAAGUUGUAGAAUUUUUAGAACCUUUAUUUGAUCAUGUCGUUGAUCAACUAAAACCUAAAACUACCAAGAAUUCCCUUCAGCCUCUCACGGCGCCCGCCGAGCCUCCAGAUCCUAAUAUCGCUAAGGUUGAGAACAUCAAGCGCAAGGUGUACAAAUUACUUCUCGAACUUAAAACAUUCAACCACAACUUUGCGACUAAUGUAGCCUCACUUUUAGAUGCUGUGUACGAACUACGUGCCGUAAAAUUCGGCGACGGCAAGCAUCCUGAUUUACUUAACAUUAUAAAAACGGGCAUUGGUGACUUCGGCAGGGAGCUUAAUUACGCGUACGUAAAUACGUAUUCAGGAGUUCCGAAUAUCAUUUGGGAACAGACGCCGACUCAUGCAGCAGGUGAAAGGGAUCCAACAGAAGAUUCAAUGAACUGCGCAAAAACAUUUUGUACUAUAGUAAGCGUCCUGUAUACGUCUUUGCAAGAGUUGAGAGCAGGAAUAGAGAGUCGUGACACAUCUUGGUCGAGCCUAAAAAUUAAUUCACUUGACUACAAUGAUCUUGGCGCAUUUCUGCAGCGUUCCGGUUUCCGUGUUGCGUCACAUCAGGACAUUAGUGAUGGUGAACUUAGGAAUGACAGUGACAUGGUGGGUGGAAAUAUCUUCAACAUUCUGUUAGGCGGUUCGGACAAACUAGUUUAUAACUCUGACAAGACGCGUAAAAAUGCACUUGAAACGCUAUAUUCUGAGCACUUGCAGAAUUAUUACAACGCCGGUCACCACAGGCAUAUAUCCAAUGCGAAGUCACCGUGCAGCAUUUUCGAAAUGCUUUGUUGGUUGACUGCCUUACCACAUAACCGUUCAUAUACCAGACUCACAGAUCACAUUAAAAAAUUGUUCGCUGACGAUUACUCCGAUUAUGCAUAUAAGAUAUAUGACACACUGGCAUAUGACUUGCCUGAUAUAUGCAAUUAUUCACAUGAUCUACUCACCACAAUUGUCGGCCACGGCGACGAAUGCGCAACUUACGCCAGUGAUUUCUAUAACAAUGUCCUCGAUUUAUCAUAUCCCGGAGACCCAUCACAAUGCUUAGAUUUGUUCCUGGACAUCCUCCGCCGACUGUUCCCAGUACUUAAAUUCUUGUAUGAGCGUUGUCGUCUUAAUCCAUCAUGCUUCGGCUGGCGGUACUGCGAUUACGGCAGGGAUGUUAUGACAUCCAAGUGGCCAUGUAGUAAGCACUCAACGUCUGAAUCAAAUUGCCAGGCAAAGUGCCAAGCAAAUGGUCAACCAAACACACAACCUGUGUGCCAACCAAACGAUAAACCAAACUGUCAACCUAGAUCACCACUAAUGAGUUACCUAAAUGACUGUCUUCCCGGUCAUUUACCUCAUGACGUAUCUUCUAUUGGCUGUCGGUCUGUAUGUUCGACAUGUCCAAAUGGCAAAAAAGGUAUGCCAUGUCUGACGCCAUUAGGGUUCAGGGCAUUCUCGGGAAGUACGAAGACGGGCAAGAACUUGUCCAAUCUGCUACAUAAAUUCUUUGCCAAAGUACAUUGUUCACCACUUUUUUGCCUUGUACCUAAGGCGCCUACCACACUACCCGAGCACUUUAGUUAUGCGUUGUCGCUCGUAAACGGUCUUAACAUCCCCAAACCGAAGAACAUUGACAACGUACUUACAUUACCAGAGGCCUUCAAAAAAUCUGUUGCCGAGCAAUCCAUUAAUCUAUAUAGUGAUACCGGAAAACUUAUCGAUGCCAUUAACAACGCAUACGGGCAUUGCACAGCUGCUGAGUCCGAAUGCGAUAAUGCUCAUCUAAUAAAUCUUACAUCUUCGGGUGCCUGCAACAAUAACCUUUAUUGCGCUCCGUAUAUAUCUACCCUCUCUUACGACACGUAUAAAUACAUGACUCUGAAGCAUUCGAAGACAUACCUCUCCUGGGCCAUAUACCUUCCAUGGACAUUUUGGGAUCUACUCAACAAUUUAUAUAACGCAUUCUGUUCAAUCAACUGCCGAGACUGGGGAUGCCGUGGAUGUCUCCGCGGCCGCAAUUGUAAGAAUGGCAAGCAUGGCCUCACCGAUGAAAAAUCAGCAUGUAAUUGCUCAUCCAUCGUCGAGUGUAAAGGAGUUUCGCCAACGCUCUACCAGUAUGGGUUCAGCUUUAAAGAUCCUUUAAUACUGAAUGAUGGUAACAAACCUAAAAGGUGUUCCGAUUUCUGCACUCAGUUGAAGAGAGUUCUUGAUUCUCAAUAUUUCACAGACCUCUUCGAAAAAUGUGACGAAUUCAUCUGGGCAAUACGUACACCCUUCUCCUAUCUGUUGUUAGCCCUCUGGUCGCUGUCGCUCCUGUACCUGCUGCACAUCGCCGUCGUCCGCCUCGACGUGCUGAGGAUACGCUCCCACCUGCGAUCACCCGCAAGCCACCGCAUCGCCGCGCAGUCACUGCUCGCCGUUGCAAACGUUGGGAAAAUUGCCAACGUCAAGUACUUCUCACCAUAA